GAAGAAUUAAAGAUGGCAAAAAGCGAUGAUGGCAUACGCAUCCUGCAGGGUCUAUUAGUCUUUGGGAAUGUGGUCAUUGGGAUGUGUGGCAUUGCCCUGACAGCAGAGUGCAUCUUCUUUGUGUCUGAUCCCCACGGUCUCUACCCUUUGCUGGAAGCCACAGAAAACGAUGACCUCUAUGCUGCUACCUGGAUUGGCAUCUUCGUUGGCUUUGCACUCUUUGCUCUGUCUAUCCUUGGUAUUGUUGGAGUCAUUAAGUCCAACAGAACCUUGCUGCUGGUGUAUAUUAUUCUGAUGCUGAUCGCUUACGCAUUUGAAAUGGCUUCUUGCAUCACGGCAGCAACUCACCGAGACUUU